CCUGCUAACAUUCUCCAAAGUGCUAUAAGUGACAAUGGUACAGCAGUGAAGAAUGGUGUAGAUGAAUAUUAUGCAUUCAACCGGAACCUACUGGGAGGAACGUCAUAUGAGUGGCCUAGUGUAGCACCCCAUUUUGUAUCACCUGAAAUGCAACAGCGCCCUGCUGCAGCAGACAGGUUGCAUCUUGACGUUGGUUACAGAUGGCCUACUCAAUUUAACCAACCUUUCAUUCCUGCCAACCAUCAGGUGAGAAGCUCACCAGUUGAAGCUGGAUGCAAUCAAAUGUUAUCUUCUCUGUCAGUGCCCUUAAGUUUUGAUUGGCCUCCUGUUUUCAGAGGUUAUGGUAAAUUGACUCAAAAUGCUGCUUUAAGUUAUGAUCCGGUAUUUGCCCCACAUAUGCAGUCUUCUGCUUGGCCUGGGUUUCCUGCUCAACUAAUUCAGAGAGGUGGCAUUUGCAGUGAAAAAGAUAGGAAAUAUUUUAGCGAUAGUGACCCAAGAAACACAUCAGAUGUUGGGGAUGAUACUGAAAGCUAUUGGUUUUCUGAAGAAGAAUCAGAUGGCCGCGCAACUUCUGGAAGAGAUAUUAAUCAAUAUUUUGGCGGAGGCGUGAUGUAUUGGAGUCCUGCAGAACAUGCUGGAACGGGCUUUUCUAGGCCACCAUCUCUUAGUUCAGAUGACAGUGCUUGGGCAUGGCAUGAGGCAGAUGUUAGUCGAGUUGUCGAUGAUCUGGCUAUUGGGAUUCCAUCAUCAACAUAUAAUCCAACUGGUCCAUCAUCACCACCAUCCAGCCCAAGCCCAUUCUGUUCCCAGAAUGAACCUUCUGAUCCUUCCCCUCAGCCUGCUUGUCACUCAGUGGCAGGGAAUGACAUCAAUAAUGAAGCUUCACAUUCUCCAUCUUCCAUGCAAGACAGUCCUGAAGAUAAGAGUACUUCGGCUGUAAAGAGUCCAUCUUGUGCCAGUGAAAUAGUAAAGGGAGAUACAUUACCAUAUGCAAUGCUGCGGCCAAUAGUUGUUUCUAAUAUAUCACGAAGGCUAUCAAGAUCUGACUUUAGGGGUGGUCAUGAUCACAGGAGCCCAUGUGUGUCUUCGACCAGGAGGGAUAUACCUCUUGUAAGAAGACCUCCAUCACCAGUAUUACUUAGUGUUCCUCGCAUGCCUCGGCCACCUCCUCCUUCUCCUGUUGGAGAGUCAAGAAAACGUGGAUUCCCAAUUGUUAGAUCUGGCAGUUCAAGCCCGCGGCAUUGGGGGAUGAGAAGUUUGUUUUCUGAUGAUAAAAUUUUCAAUAGGGCUCAGUUUUGCUUGGAUGGCCCUGAAGUCGUAUGGCCUUCAUGGGUGAAUAAAGGCACCUCUACUGGUACACUGGUACAAUCAAUUGAGGAUACUGUCUUGCAGGACCACCUUGUUAAGAUUUCACAGCUUUCACGUGAUCAACAUCCAGAUGUUGCAGUUCCUCUGCAGCCACCUGAUAUGUUAAAUGGUUCACCUCACAAGGCGUCCCUUUCUUUGAUGCACAAUGCUCUACAUGAAGAAAUUGAUCAAUUCUGUAAGCAGGUUGCUGCUGCAAAUCUGGUGACGAAGCCCUAUAUAAAUUGGGCUGUCAAAAGGGUCACACGGUGCCUGCAAGUCCUCUGGCCCCGCUCGCGUACAAAUCUAUUUGGCUCAAAUGCCACUGGUUUGGCCCUUCCAACUAGUGAUGUAGAUCUCGUGGUUUCUCUCCCCCCAGUCCGAAAUCUGGAACCUAUUAAAGAAGCUGGAAUUUUGGAAGGCCGCAAUGGCAUUAAGGAAACAUGUCUCCAGCAUGCGGCAAGGUGCCUUGGAAAUCAGGACUGGGUUAGGAGUGAUUCCCUCAAAACUAUUGAAAACACAGCAAUACCUGUGAUCAUGCUGGUAGCCCAAGUACCUUGUGACAUAAAUAUGUCCAACGAGUACCCUUCUGUUCUGGAUAGCUCACAAGAAAUUUCAGUCAAUGUGCUUGGGGAGCAAGGGAGCCCUCCUCGUUCUGACAAUUCUAGUUCAGAAGGCAGCAACGCGCUUGCGGGCUCAAAAAUGAAUAAGGAUGAUUGUGAUGCUGUGCGGUCAAUUCGUCUUGAUAUAAGUUUCAAAUCACCAUCCCACACAGGACUCCAGACUACUGAGUUGGUUGGUGAGCUGACUCAGCAAUUUCCUGCGGCUUUACCCCUUGCCUUAAUCAUGAAGAAGUUUUUGGCAGAUCGUAGUUUGGACCACCCAUAUUCGGGUGGUCUAAGCUCUUACUGUUUGGUGUUGUUAAUCACUCGUUUUCUUCAGCAUGAACAUCAUCUUGGUCGGCCUAUUAACCAAAAUCUAGGGAGCCUUUUGAUGGAUUUCCUGUAUUUUUUUGGGAAUGUGUUUGAUCCACGCCAUAUGCGUAUUUCCAUCCAAGGAAGUGGAAUUUAUUUGAACCGAGAAAGAGGGCACAGCAUUGAUCCAAUUCAUAUCGAUGACCCUCUUUGCCCUGCUAACAAUGUGGGCCGGAAUUGUUUCCGGAUCCACCAAUGCAUCAAGGCUUUUGCUGAUGCUUUUGCAGUUCUAGAGAACGAGCUACUGCAGUUCACUGCAGAAUGUAACAUGCCUACAUCAUCAUUUAGCCUACUGAAGAAAAUAAUUCCAAGUAUUGAUUCUAAUGAGUUGUAGCAAUGAAAAGAACCUGUGAGUCCACAAGCUACAGGAACUGUUGGGUUGGAAUGGCCUCUGCUUGUGUUCUAGACACCGAGUUACUACUGCAGCUGGUGGAAAAGAAGGCUUGUUCGAAGGUACAAUGCCAGCUGCCCUUCUCUUGCCUCUGGCUGCUUAGAACCCGAGACCGUUGAUUGAGGUAUUGUGCCGAAUUGGAUGCAAGAGCAAGAUGGUGCUGCACUCUGCACACAGAAGAUCCUUAACCUCGUGCCGGUGGUAUGUGCUGCCAAGGAUGCGGAAAUGAACUGGCCUAAUGAUGCGUGCUGCCAGACCUAUAAGGUCACUGAGGAGCAGUACAGCAGAUCCGCACAGAACUCCAGAUCCGGAGGAGCACUCGGGAUAAGCUCUAGCAGAGGCUCUACAUGUUUCCUGAAUCAUCUGUUCUCUGAACCUUAGGAAAUGCCAAGGAAAAUCAGAACAUCCUGGAAUAAGUUCUUUGUGCUUUUCGCAGUCAACAUCAGCUUGUGGAACAGGAAAUGGAGAAAUUCUACGAAGGAGGCUACUUGUGUUCGGAAACAGAGUAGGAAGCAACUCCUACUUGGAGCUGGUACAACGCUUGAUGCUGGAAGUGGUGUCCGGUGUAGCAAAGCGAUUUUCAGAUCGUCGUUUCUCCGGAACAGCAAGAUUGUUCCUUGAAUACACCAAGAGGGUAACUGCGAAGAUUACUGCCGUGAUCUCGAGUACCAGAUUCUUCGUUGCAGUUACUCACCAAUGCGAUUGCCGAGCUACUCUUCAGUUACAGUCAGAGCAAUCUUUAGGGCAUCAGGGACAUGGUCAGGUGACGGCGUUGGCUUGUCUUAUAAAGGCGGACUUGUUUCCUGCAGCUGAUGAGAUUCAAGUUGCUGCUUUUGUAGCGAAGCACACUUCGGUUCCUGCUUUUGUAGCGAAGCAGAUUUAAGUUACCGCUUUUGUAGUUUACUCCAACACAAAUUUGAAACUAGCAUGUUCUUGAUUUGCUGCGCUGAUGUAGUGAUGUUCUUGCGCUUUCUUUCUUGUGCAAGUAUUGAUUUUUGCUUUCUCUGUCACAAGCUAUUCUCAGAACUAAGAAUUCUUUAAAAAAAUUACACAUGUAGUAGAUGUUAAUGUGAUACGUA